AUGGUUGCGUCGAACCCAGUUCUGAUUGUGGGUGCUGGAGUCUCUGGCCUAGCAUUGGCACAAGCCUUACGGAAAGCAGGAUUGCCAUUCAAGGUUUUCGAGAGUGACCUAUCAACAUCGUUCAGGGCACAAGGCUAUCGCAUCGGGAUCAAAGGUGAUAACCUGCAAGCGUGCUUGCCUCUUGAGCUGUGGACAAGGUUUAAGGAUGGCUCUGGGAAGCCUCCCCAAAACAUUAGCCGGGUUGAUGCCAUCAUUACCGAAUGCUUGCCUUCUAACUUUGGUCCACCAUCAGGCAAUGGGAAUGCACCUACGAGGCGUCCACCAAUUUCGGAUACGUUCACUGCGGAUCGGGCUGUCCUAAGGGACCUGCUCCUUGACGGCUUGGAGGAAAGUGUCGCAUUCGGUCACAGACUGAGACGAUUCGACAUUUCCGAUGAAGCGGUUGUGGCGCAUUUCGAAAAUGGGAGUUCAUUCGAAGGGUCCUUGCUGAUAGCUGCCGAUGGCAACGGCUCUGCCGUUCGCCAUCAACAUUUACCUUACCAUCACCUCCUGGACCCUGGUCUUCGUUGUAACUAUGGCAAGACGAUUUUCACUGAAGAAUUAUUGCAAGCUUUCCCUUCAAUGGCUGAGCAAUGCGCUUUCCUCAUUGUCGACAAGAUCGACCCGGCCGGCAGGCAACUCGCUAUGUUCGUGGAAUCAAUGCGAUUUCAGGAUAGCGAGAUUAGAGCUGAUCUUCCCGAUGAUUACGGGCAGGCGCUGCCCAGCUCUCCAAGAAAGUCACCAAGCACUACUGGCAUGAGUCCAUACAAAGCCCUUCUGGAGUUGCAGGACUUAAAGAGAACAGCAGCAUUACGAGUGCCAACAGCCGUCCCCGACAUUGCGCCUUGGGAGACUUGCUCUAGAGUCACCUUCAUUGGCGAUGCGAUCCACCUAAUGCCUCCCACAGGAGGGAUCGGUGCGAACACGGCUCUGGAAGACGUUGCGGCUCUAACUAGGAUUCUUGUGGGAAAUGGCAUCACAGAGAGUUCUAUCAAGCAAUACGAAGAUGAUAUGAGACACCGAUCUCUGGAUGCUAUCGAAAAAAGCUUCCAGGGGGCGAAGCACAUGGUCGGUUUGGGCCACUGGUCUACUUUCAAGUUCGAUGGGCGACGUGCUGGAUUUCAAUUUGAUGGCCAGAGACUCAUCAAGUAG